UGAAACCCCACGAAAAGGAGGAAAUAGGAAGUGGCUUCUGAACUCUUAGCACAAAGACAAGAAACUGAUUUUGCGAAACAUGGCGGGGAUUAAAGCAUUGGUGGGACUGUCCUUCAGUGGGGCUAUUGGUUUAACAUUCCUUUUGUUGAGCUGUGCAUUGGAUCAGUAUGGAGUGUAUUGGCCAUUUUUUGUCCUCAUCUUCUACGUGCUGUGCCCCAUCCCUCAUUUUAUUGCGCGGAGAGUCAGUGAUGAUGGGGACUCAGGCAGUAAUGCCUGUCGCGAGCUGGCAUACUUUCUCACCAGUGGUAUUGUGGUGUCUGCGUUUGGUCUGCCCAUAGUCCUUGCUCAUGCAUUUGUGAUCCAAUGGGGAGCCUGUGGACUGGUGUUGGCUGGCAAUACGGUCAUCUUCCUCACCAUCCUGGGUUUCUUCCUUGUGUUUGGUGGUGGAGAUGAUUUUAGCUGGGAGCAGUGGUAGGGAGCUCCCACCCCAUGAAUACGGAUCUGAAGAGAAGAGAGUGGACCCCCCCCCCCCCCCCCCCGCCUCCAGCCCCCCACAUACACUGCACUUAGGUGGGGGAAGAAGUGCAAUGGAAAGGCCCAACUGUACUGCUGAUGCACAUGUUAUUAUGCUUUUGCAGCAGAGAAUCCCCCCUAGAAUGGGAAGAGCAUGAGAGGACAUGAGUUCAGGAGGCCAAAAUAAAAAAUAAGGGAUGGACAAAGCUGGAUUGAGGCGCACUAUCACAGGGUUCUGCUUGCGUUACGACUGCUCGUAGACAGUGGUCCUUAACUAAGCCCUGCCUUUGUCUGCCUCUUCCACACUCCUCUCUGUACACACACACACACACAAAUAUGUAUAAAAACAAACGGAUGCAGUGGCUACCCUCCACCUGUCAGUCGUCCUGUUUGAGUUCCUCCUGUUUCAGCAGAGGCACCUGCUUUUGUCUCUUGCAAUGGACCAUCUUCAAAUGUAUCAUGCCUCUCUUGAUAUUGAAUGUGGCAGGGAUGGCAAUCAUACUGCUCUGAUGUCUCUUUCUCCCCUCUAUCUUUAUAUUGUCUGCUUUUUCUAUGGUUAAGACUUUUCAGAUCCACUUGCUUGCAUUAUGAUUGUUUUAAUAUGGCUGUGGAUGGCAUAGAAAGUCACUUUUAUGCAAGCUAGCUGAGUUGACAUCAGUCUUGUAAUCAACAUAACCCAUUCUAAUCUCAGUUAUAUUUACUAAUGCGUAAGUGAUUAUCAGGAUUUCUGUAUUACGGAUUAUAUUCCAUCUCACCCCUUUCUAAUAUGGGAGGUUUUAAAAUGUAAAGUUUACACUACCAUAACCAAAGCUGAAGCUAUCUUCAUCUGUUCAGAUUUACACUCUUUUUCUCAAAUGUACUUUCUCAACACAAUCAUGCUAUAGGAUUUGCAAAUCAAAGGGAUUUUCCUUGAUAUACAGUACAGCAGGCACCUUUUGUAAAACUGACAAAGUGAAUAUGUUGAGUGUAUGACUGUCUUUGUGGAAGGCAGUUGAAUUAUAAGAACACUUGUGUUUUUUAUUUCUGCUUAUGUGUAUUAUUAGUAAAUAUAUUGCACUUUUAUUGUGAUCAACAUGAACUUCCAUGGUAAUACUCCUUCAGUGCUAAGGAAAGAAAAUUACACAACAAUAUCCCAAUUACACACCUUAAUUCGCUUUGGACAAAGGCGUCUGCUAAAUAGCAGUGACCAUAACCAAUAAUCAUACAGUAAUGAAAUUGUAACAAUUCUAAAUAGCUGUCAUACGUCUUCAGUGAUUUGCUGAUAUUUGUAUGAUAGCUGUGGCAGCCAAAGACGGAGACAAAAAUACCUUCAGUAACAAGAUGCAUAAAUCUUUGCAAAAUGAACUUAAUAAAAAAGCAACCUGCGCAGACAAGGCAGUGGAUUCAGACACGUCAUUAAGACGUGUCUCAGGACAACUCUGGGUCCUGCUGCAUUGAGACUAAUGAAGGAAGGUAUAUAGACAAACUACUAUAAAGGACAUAUUGUAGGAUCAGCAAUGAUUUUUUGUAGUUUGUUUGGAGAUGUUAGAAUGGUAUGGAGACCUCUGUGAGGAUCUAAGAUGGAUCACAAUCUCUCUCACAAACGUAAAUCAGUCAGCACCCGACUGCAGAGGCAUAUGAUCUAUAAGGUUGUCCCCUUUCCAGUGUGCUGAUGGCAUGGGUGGAAAAGAAUAUGAUUAUGGGUUCAUUGAUGCAUUCUUGGCCCCUGCUUUUGAAGUGCUCUGUAGGAGAUUGGGGUACCAUGUCACCAGCCUGUCCUCCAACAGGUGGCGCGCUGUCUUGAUGUCUGAAAUGAAAUGAGGCCAGAUGUGAUGCUGUGAUGUCUGAACUCUUGGAUGCUUGCUCACCUGUAAGGGAUGGGGCAUUGGUCUGUGAACUGGGCGAAGAGUGGAGACGGGGCCCUGUUAUGCCCUGCUGCCGAGUCACAGUACAUGGGCGUCUUCUCCUCAAGGAUCACUGGAACAAGAACCCACUGAGUCCAGGAGCUGCUGUUGGAAGCAUUGUCUGAGAACACUGAAAACAUUAGAAACUCUUUCAGUAAGGCUGUACAAUCUUUUUCUUAUUCUUCUGGCUAUCUAGUAACACACUUCUCAUGUUUUUUUUUCAACAGCACCUUAUAAUUUAAAACACUGUAUUGGUUUUACAUUUGUUACUCAAACUUGUAUGAUGCGAUGAUAAAAUUGCAUUCAGAUGUGGUGAAAAAACUCUUAUUAAUUGUACUAUAGCUUAAUAGUUGUAGUUUUUAGUUGUUAUCUUAUUGAAUUUUGUAUGUUACUUGUCUGGUUUUUCUACCCAGUCCAGUAUCUUAGAAUUGGUUAUGCUAGAGCUCUUUAAUGGCUACAUCCACACUAUUUUUGUUUUGAAAUGUUGGCACAUGGUUUCUCUGGAAAGAGAUGAUUAAAAGUCGCCCUGACAGUUUGUUCAACACA